AUGCCUGAUGACAAUCCCCACAUGCCUGGCUGGGGAGGGCUUCCCCGUGUGAUGAAGGAGCAAGUGCUGGUAACAUGGAAUGGUCAAGAUGAGGGAGAUGAACAGUACUUCGGAUGCCUUUCCCCGACCAAUGACAAAUGCGACGAUAGCAAGAGGGGAUUGAGCCUGGAAGUUUACGCGAGCGAAGGCGAAGAACAUGCCGUGCUGGUCAAGUUCCAUCUCUCUGUCUGGACCCCUGCCGCAAGGACCAAAAAGCCUCGGGACAUGUACGUCAUCUUACCUACACCGGCUCUCUCCAUGACAAGGCAUCUCGUCAACGCUGUGCCCGAGAACGUGCGCAACCAUCUACCCCAUGCACCCUCCUACAAUCGUAUCCACUUCGAACUCUCCGACUCGGGAGCACCUCGCCAUGAUGUUCCGUCUGAUCCGCCGCCGUACAAUGAGAAAGACCUGAAUCCAGACAGUAGCUCAGGGCCUGAGGUGGGUUGGAGGACAUCUCCGCUCCCGGCUGCCCUCUUGUCCAAAGGUGUCGCGGCCCAGACUACAACCACCACUAAACGGAAGAAGGCUGAAGCUGGAUUCUCGUCAAAUGAGGGUGCUGUAGUUCACAAACAUCCCCGCCAGGCUCCUUCCGGUUCGGAUUCGGAGCCUGAUCAAGGGGGUCGGCUAGCAGCUUUUGAUCCGCAGCUGGCUCUUGCCCAGGAACUGCCACCCACCGAGGCAGACCCGGAGUUCACAGCACCCGGCAAUGAACCCCCGCUCGUACCACCUCCCAAUGUGCCACGGGAUCCCAGUUCCAGCCCCCAGCCCUUCCCAUCCUCAACUCCCACAGAGCAAGCCAAGGAGGGUUUGGCACAGCCUCGCCUGCCGGCCGCACCAUACCACCAGAAGGUCGGCGACGUGCUGCAUUACAAAAUGGUUCACUUUUUCCUCUAUGCCCUCCGGCGGGAUGGUGAUGCGAUAACGAAUUACGCAAAGGACUUUCUAGAAAUGGGCCAUCACGUCAACGCUGUGGAUGACAAAGCCUUCCGCGCGGUCAAGCACCGUUGCUACAGUUCCCUGGCUACUCGCUCCGCCCGCCACGGGUUUCCCGCCCCGUCGACGCCGGACCAGAUCAGCGACCAGGUCAACGUGCUGCUGGACUGGCUGGACGACGCCAUUUCUGAAGAGGCCUAUGCUCUGCUUGACCGCCAUUACGCUUGCUUGGCGGGAAUGGUUGCGGAUGCCGAAGCUGGCGCGGGGUUCGUGCAGGAGGAAUUUGAGAUACGCAGGGCUGACUUCUACGCGGCGGCGUUUCGUGUGGCUGAUGGGAUCAUGCGUGAUUGUCCCGAGAGGCCACCGCUUCUGUGUGCGGAAAGUGUACACGGUCUUUGUCGGUCGUACAGUUCUUUUAGAUGA